GCAGGAGCAAGAUAUCCAUAAGCCGACACCCAACUUGGAAAACUCAUUCGCAGAGAUCAGAGAGAAUGGGGAGACCACCAUGGUGCGAGAAAAUUGGGGUGAAGAAAGGCCCUUGGACUCCCGAGGAAGACAUCAUCUUGGUUUCUUACAUUCAACAAAAUGGCCCUGGAAAUUGGAGAUCAGUUCCUUCCAACACAGGUUUGCUUAGAUGUAGCAAGAGUUGCAGAUUGCGAUGGACCAAUUACCUACGCCCCGGAAUCAAACGAGGCCAAUUCACUCAUCAUGAGGACAACAUGAUCAUUCAUCUCCAAGCCCUCUUAGGCAACCGAUGGGCAGCCAUAGCCUCGUAUCUGCCACAGAGAACGGACAACGAUAUAAAGAAUUACUGGAACACCCACUUGAAAAAGAAGGUAAAAAACCUUCAAAAUGGGAAUUUCUGCAAGGGCCGGUGGGAGAGAAGGCUUCAAACCGACAUUCAAACUGCCAAACAAGAAUUGAGGGAAGCUCUAUCACUAUCACUCAUCGACAAACAAAAUCAAGUUACCCACCAAUCCAAUAAUAACCCUAAAUUAGGCCAUCAUGAACAACAACUUUUUUCUUACUCAUCAUCCUACGCAUCAAGUGCCGAAAACAUUGCCCGAUUGCUCAAAAACUGGACCAGAAACAAAAACAACAACAAUUCUCCCGACAUCAACUCAACAACAACAACCCAGAAUAAUUAUUGUAACUUGUCGGUGGAGGAAAAUUCACUCACUUUGCUGGAGAAAUGGCUGUUCGACGAUGCCGCCGCCGCCGCCGCGCCUCAAAAUCAUCAUCAAGAUUUUCUCAACUUCUCCUUACAAGCUGAUCAUACUCCAUCAACCAUUGUUUAGCUUUAUUUUUAUCCCCAUUUCCAAACUGAUCGUCGUUUGCUUUUUGCUUUUGAUAGUAAUUAAUUAAUUAGUGGAAUUCAGAAAGUGUAAAUUAAUGAACCAAAA